GUCAUUUUCAGCAGCUAAGUGAGCGGAGGCCGGCUCGCUGCCGCUACCUCGGCGGCCGCCUCCGCCGCGCCUCGUCCCUCACCCCGGCGGGGAGAGCGAGCAAACACAGCGCGUCAGCUCCGAGGACUUUGGUCAACCUUCCAAGGAAGACCUCGACGAUAAGGAAGGUAGCUCUGUAAGCACUGAAUGCAUCGAACCAAGAACAAUGGAUCUGAAAUUCGACAACUCCAGGAAAUAUAUUUCUAUCAGUGUCUCUUCCAAAGCCCAAGCUAUGUCGCCACACAUCAAGUCAAUAGAUGACAUUGUAGUACUUGGCAUAAAUCUCAGCAAAUUUAACAAACCCACUCAAUUUUUCAUAUGUGUUACAGGAGUUUUUGUAUUUUACCUAAUCUAUGGAUAUUUGCAGGAGCUGAUAUUUUCAGUGGAGGGUUUUAAGCCCUUUGGCUGGUACCUUACUUUAGUUCAAUUUGGGUUUUACUCCAUAUUUGGACUAAUAGAACUUCAGCUUAUUCAGGACAAAAGAAGAAGGAUACCAGGAAAAACCUAUACGAUAAUAGCUUUUCUAACCGUGGGUACUAUGGGUUUGUCAAACACUUCCCUAGGCUACCUGAAUUACCCCACCCAAGUCAUCUUCAAAUGCUGCAAAUUGAUUCCGGUUAUGCUAGGAGGAGUUUUUAUUCAAGGAAAGCGUUACAAUAUUGCAGAUGUGUCUGCUGCAUUGUGUAUGAGUCUUGGCCUAAUAUGGUUUACUCUAGCUGACAGCACAGUUGCACCAAAUUUCAACUUGACAGGUGUGGUCCUUAUCUCCCUGGCCCUCUGUGCAGAUGCUGUUAUAGGAAAUGUACAGGAAAAAGCUAUGAAGAUGCACAAUGCUUCAAAUUCAGAAAUGGUUUUGUAUUCCUAUUCGAUAGGUUUUGUGUACAUUUUAUUGGGAUUGACAUGCACUACUGGAUUAAGCCCUGCAGUAGCAUUUUGUUCAAAGCAUCCAGUACAGACGUAUGGUUACGCAUUCCUUUUCUCCCUUACUGGGUACUUUGGAAUCUCCUUUGUUCUGGCUUUGAUUAAAAUUUUUGGUGCACUUCUUGCUGUAACAGUAACAACAGGAAGAAAAGCAAUGACCAUUGUGCUUUCCUUUAUAUUCUUUGCUAAGCCAUUCACAUUUCAGUAUGUGUGGUCUGGUUUAUUAGUUGUGCUCGGUAUAUUUCUAAAUGUUUACAGCAAAAAUAUGGACAAAAUCAAGCUCCCAUCACUGUAUAGUCUGUUAAAUAAAAAAUUGGAAGACAAAAAGACAAGGACGUUGGCACAAACAGUAUAGGCAGUAAUUUACCCUGUCUGAAAUGGAACUUUUUUGAGGGAACAAUUUCCAAUUCACUUUCCAAAGGGAUCUUUAUAAAAACCAAAGGAGUAGGAGUCAAGCUGUGCAUUGUGGCUUAAAUAUGAACAUUUUUAUAUGAUAUCAACCUUCUCUUCAGAGCACUUGAAUUCACUUUACUUUUGAAACAUUCAACAAAGCCGGUGUGUAGCACAUUAUGAGAAUAAAAUAUCAAAAUGAAGGACCAAAGUACUUGGCAGCUUAUUGAGAAUUUCUACUGGAAAUGUGACAUUGCAAGACCAAGACUAAUUUGGAUAUCAUAUUUAUGUCAUACCUAAAAUACUAUUGAUAUGGAAUUUGUAGGUUGUCCUGUCUUUCUUGUUUGGUUUGAGUUAUUAAAAAUGAUUUUUUUUCUAUUAUUAUGAUACUGGUGACCAAAUUUAUACUUUAAAGUCUUAGGAGAAUGAUUAUUUUAAAUAAAAAUAUAUUUAAUGAUUUGUAAUGUCUUGAUAUAACUAUAUAUUAAAGUUGAAAAUGGAAAUCAGAUUGUCUUUAAUGAAACAAAAAAUUGGUGGAUUUUUCUCUCACUUGUAAUUUAAAAAUCUAUUUUCUAAUGACAGCAUGCCUUUUAAUUACUCUGUGAAAUGUGCCUAGGAUAUCCAUAGGAGUCACCUUUAUGCAACAGUUAAAUGCGUAUCAAUUGUUUCUGCCUACUAGGAUGGUUCUGAAAAAUUAAAUUAUCCCAGAAGGACUCAUUCACUUAACUAAGUUAGAAAAAGUUUGUCUCAAAAUGGUUAUAGUUUACUUUUAUCACAAAAUGUGAGUCAGCUUUGAAACAAUAAAAGAUAUGGUGAAGUUAAA